UUUUCCGCAGAAUACUAGGUUUUUUGUAAAUAAACUAUUGGAUUAUGAUGGAAACAUUGAUAUUUCUUGUAAAUUUUUGCUGCCUAAACUUACCAUGUUUUUAUCAAAUAUUUUGAAAAGACUUCAAGCCACCGUAAAUAAUGCAGAUGGCGGAUUAUAUGUAGGUAUUGGUGGUGUAGCAUAUGCCCUUUACAAGAUCCUUUCACUAAAUAAAUCCAAUCCUAAAAUAUUAUCAUUAAAUGAAGAUGAGAAGCAGUUAUAUGCAGAUAAUAUGUUAAAUUAUAUAAAGGUAAGUUUACAAAAUUUAGAGAAAGAUAAGAAACAUGAUGUAGCCUUUAUCCUUGGUAAUGCUGGAAUCAAUGCUGUUGGAUCCAUUAUAUAUUCAUUUCUGGCUUGCAAUGCACAGCUAUUAUCAUCAUUCCAGCCUGGCAUGGAAAAAAAAUUCAUAGAUAUUUCAAAUAAAUGCAUAAAUAACUAUGCCAAUGGUGCAGUCAUAUGCCAAAAUAUUAAUUUACACCAUGAUAUUGGAGGUGAUGAAUAUUUUAUAGGUAGAGCUGGGUAUUUGAGUGGAUUGAAAUUACUUGAAGAUUUUUUUGGCAAAAAGAUAGUUGAUGAUUCUACAGUCAAAAAGAUAUUAGAAGCUAUGAUUCAAUCUGGUAGGAAAUAUUCGAUUAGUAAAAAUCAUCAAAUAUUUCCCCUGAUGUACAGUUAUUAUGGUACCGAAUACUUAGGUGCGGCACACGGGUUAUGUUCCAAUCUCAAAAUGAUAUUGACUUAUCAAUCUAUCGUGCAGACGAUUCCGAAUGCCAUGCGCGACGUAACCGCUACUUUAGACACUCUUUUAGACAGUCAAUGGGAAGACGGAAAUUUCGCGCCAACUUUGAUGGAAAUAGCUGGGGGGCCGCCCAAUCUGAAAGACGAGUUGGUUCAUUGGUGCCACGGAGCGCCGGGGGUAAUUUACUUGCUAGCCAAAGCUUACCUUCUAUUGGGAGACGUUAAGUAUUUGAAAGCCGCCGAGAGGUGUGGGGAGUUAAUAUGGCAAAAGGGCCUUCUCAAAAAGGGGCCUGGGUUGUGUCACGGGAUCGCUGGUAACGCCUAUGCGUUUCUACUUCUCUACAGGCUGAUGCCCAAGGGAUCCGAGGCCAAAAACAAAUGGCUAACUCGAUCCUAUCGUUUUGCCGAAUUCAUAUUUACACCCGAAUUUGAAAAGGGUUCUAGAAUUCCAGAUUCCCCAUACAGUUUAUACGAAGGAAUAGCCGGCACGGCCUGUUUUUUGGCCGAUUUAAUGGUUCCCGAACAAGCACAUUUUCCAUUCUACGAUACCUUUUAAAAAAAUAAACUGCAUUUUUACAUUUAUUUUUAUUCUAAAUAUAAUUAAUUUUAAUCUGUUCCUUUUUGUUACCUUUAUAAAUUUAUAUGUAAUAUUA